CCGCAUGAAUGACUUUGGUGAUAGAGUGGUCAAAGUGCAAAGUCAAUAAAGCAGGGGAGCGCCGAGAUGAAGGACCCUGUGAGCACCUGCACUUAUAAUCUGUUGUACCAAGAUCUGAAGAGGUUUUCCAAGAAUGGGGAGCAUUUCUGUAAGGAACUCAUGGGGGUAUUUCAACAAAGGGCUGAACUUGAGCUCAACUAUGCGAAAGGCCUUCAGAAACUCGCAGGAAAACUCCUCAAAGUCUCCAAAGGGAUGUCCAGCAAUUCCACGUACAGUGCAUGGUCCCUGGUGUCAGAUGAAAUGUAUUCAACAGCAGACACACACAGAGCACUGGGAACUGCUUUUCAACAGGAGGCCAUCCUGGAAAUACGACAGAUAUUAGAGGAGCACAACAAAAGGAAGAGGCCUCUUGAUAAUGUUGUUGAGAAAACUGGGAAACUUGUGGCGGCUAAUUGGGUAGAUCAGCUCAAGAUGAAAAAGAAAUUGAUUGGAUUAACGAGGGAGCACGAGGCUCUUUUCAAUUUUGUUGAGAACAACAAACAAAUCUCCACAGAAAAAGAGAAACAGAAGAUGCUCAACAGGCUGACUAAAUCUGCCGAGGCGCAGAGCAGAGCAGACGAGGAGUACUUCAACAUCAACAUGGAGGGCCAUCAGAUCAGACUGAAAUGGGAAAACACACUGAAACAUUGCUAUCAGAUAAUCCAGGAUCUGGAGAAGGAGAGAAUAGAGAUCCUCUGCAAUGUUCUGAACAGAUACAAUCUCCACAUGUCCAGUUUUGGACAGACUCUCCUACACAGUCAGAAGCAGAUAGACCAAGCCAGUCAGAAGAUAGAUGUGGAGAAGGACAUCCAGAGCUUUGUGGAAUACACCAGUGUGACAGCUGAAGACAACACGGCUGAGUUCUUGAUGGCAGAUUACUUUGAAGAAGAAAAUAAAACAUUCAUGGCAAAAGAAAGAAGAAAGGAUGCCAUCAAAUCCAAACUCCAUCGGCUGGAAGACAACAUCAAAAAAACGAAGAAAGACUGUACUGGUCUGGAAAAGCUGAUUACCUCCUACUCUGAAAAUCCAUCAUUCUCAAACAAAAAGAACCUUGAGGAAACUGAACAGUUGCUUGAUGAGACCACUCUGAAACUGGACCUUCUUGAAGCCACUCAAUGCAAACUAUCCUCAACGCUGGCUGAAUUAGAGGGAAAACCCAAGACUUUGCAUCGCUUUAGUGACAGUAUAACCAAAUGGAAAGACAAGGAUUGUGAGCACAGUAUAGUUCAACUGGCCCGUCCAGUCAAAAUCAAGAAGACACCGUUCAGAAGCCGGCAGUCACUGAGGGCCUCCAUCGUUUACAAAGGGCCCAGGAGCAUGACAGCGUCUGCAGAGCCCAGCACAGGAACCACCAACCAGCCCAGCAGCCAGACCACCAGCCAGACCACCAGCCAGCCCACCACGGCUCUGCAGAGUGGCAGCGCUCUCACUAGGCCAACUCCUGGCAGCAGCAGCACUGUCACCGCGUCAGUGAAGAGUGACAGCACUCAACAUGGACCAAUUGAAAGUGACAGCGCUGUCAAUGGAGCACCGCAUCAGAUGGAUGAGGAAGAAGAUGCAGAGGGGUCAAGCAUUGGGAAAUGCAAGGCUCUUUAUGAUUUCACAUCAGGAAGAGAAGAUGAGCUGGAGUUGAAAGCAGGUGAUCUUCUUGACAUCUACCAGAAAGAGGACAGCGGCUGGUGGUAUGGGACACUGAACGGCCAGAUGGGUCACUUCCCCUCCACGUAUGUUGAGGAGCUGCCCAUGUUGAAUGUUGUCAAGUCAUCUGAAGUGUGACUCCUGGGCUCCACAGAGCCAUAAGGACGUCAUCUAAAGGCCACUACAAACCAAGUUCAGCUGUUACCAGCUACAUGCCAGUGAAAGGUAACUGUCUGUUGACUCCAUUUCCCAAGCCAAGCUUAAAGGCUUGGACAAGUGACGGUCAGCAAAAAAUCUAUGUUAAAGACUAUCCCUGGCUAUCCAUGGUCAAACCUGGGCUAAUGUAUUGAUCUGUGAUGAACUGUAAGUUACAACGUGACAUAUUUGACUGGAAAACAAGUGAAGUAAGGUUCUGACUAUGUAUGUAUACUGCUUAGUUAUAAAGAAAUUUGAUA